AUUAAUUUUGGACAGUGCAACUUAGUUCAAAGUAACUAAUUCGGAGAACCUAAUUGUUGUUAAGUGCUCUGAAACUGGACCGGAGUUUGUCAAAGAUUAUUUGAAUAGAAAAAAAAAAACAUCAGCUGGGUUGAAACAGGCUCUUAUCCAUCCAUUUUGCAUAUCCAAUUAUUCCUGAUUAGGGUCACUGUGUGCUAGAACCCUAACCCAGCCUGCAUUCGGACGGUAGGAAAAGAAACACCUUGGACAUGUCACCAGUCCAUCACAGGGCCAGCGCACAAGACAAACACACAGACACACCUUGACACCCAGGGGCAGGUAGAGUUUCCAGCUCACCCGACCUGCAAGACUUUGGCCUCGGUGAUUAGCCAAAGGAAGAGAAUUCACCAUCUGCUGCGGGCUGAUCUUUGGUGCUAGUGACAACACCUGGCACCAUCAGGUUUUACACAGAUUUAGCUUGUUGCGUCUGCAGUUGCGCAGGUGCUCGUGGCCAAAAAGACACCGGGUGGGAAACUGGGCUGGAGUUAUUUGGGUUGUGGAGUGGUGAGUCUCGUUGAAGAUUACUCCGUGCACUCCCACUUCCUACGUCUCUACAAUGUCAAGCAAGCCAAGUUACUCUGGGAGCAGGAGCUGUACAGUCCGUUCAAGUACACAGCAACUUGCACGUACUUCCACACUUUCCCUUCAGAUGAUCACCAGGCAGGCCUGAACUUUGCAGAUGAGAUGGAGGCAGAGGGAAUUUCAUGUGGCGGUGGAGAGUAUCCAAAGAAACCAAGGGAUGGAGAAACAACAGAAGAGUGGGUGGAUUAAGACGACAUACUCUAGCUCUACUCUCAACAGACCAGACCAAGACACACCUGAGACAAGUGACACACCUGAGUCAGGGAUCAAACCACUGGAGUGCUUGGACCAAGAGAAACAUUUCAGCAUGCACACAGCGUCCAUUACAGUUGCACCAACAACUCAUUUAUUUAGCGAGCUAGACCCUGCUCUGCGGAAGCUGCUGAGCCUGGCAGGACGCAGCGAGGCCGACCUGCAGGACAGAGACCCUGCUGAGCUCAUUUAUGGCAUCAUCAACAGGCUGGGGGGACUGGAGGCUGUGCGGAGGGAGAUGAAGAACAGAGGGGUAGCCUCUAAGACAUUGUCAAGGGCUACAGGGGCAUCCUCCACCCUCGGUUUAAGGAAAGGACCCUUGCCACCUGUCCCAUCCAUCAGCCCCCAGCAUGCUUCUACAGCCAAGAAAACACUAAGUCUCCCCCCUUGGAUCCCCCCUCCUCCAUCGGUGCCUCCCCCACCUGCACCAGAAAGGAUCAAAAAGAGUGCCAGUUUCAAACCAGUGGGCUCAGCAUCGGCUGCAGAAUCAGACCUCAUUCUCACCGCACUGAGAGAUGCAUUCAGAUAGAAGCAGCAGCUCCUGCCUCGCACAAGUGUAAAUGGAUGUCAGGUGGAGCAGGAUGACAACCCGGUGCAGCUGUAAAAUCCUCCACCAGAUGGAUAACAAGGCUG